AUGGAGAAACAUCUCGCCAAUUUCUCCUCCGCUGCGGGGCUGAUCGUGGUCGCAGUCUCUCUUCUCUACAUCCCGUAUUUGUACAAUGCGACUGAAAACAUCACGAACGACCUUGCCGUGAGAAUGGAUCAAUUCCGGGUGCGUCAGAACGAAGUCUCUGAGAGCCUGAAAAGAACCGGUGGCCAUUUCACCACUAUACGUCGCGAGAGACAGGUACAAGGCAUAUGCCAAUGCAGUGGUCAAAAUCAGUGCCCGCCAGGAGCGCCAGGAGCUUCUGGAGCGCCAGGAGUUCCAGGAGAACCUGGAAGGCACGGCAGCAAAGGUCCACCAGGUGUUCCCGGAAUCGUUCCACCACUUGCGUUCACCGAGGACACAUCCAAAUGCAAAGUGUGUCCUCCUGGGCCAGUUGGACCUCCCGGACAGCCUGGAGCAGCAGGACCACCUGGUGGAAAAGGAAUUCCUGGGCAGCCUGGAUUGGAUGGCCAACCAGGAGAGGCAGGCCCACCUGACAAAGAAGCAAGGUAA